UUCCUCUGUAAAUAAUGGGGAUAUUAUACUGACCCCCAAAAUCUUCACACUUUACAAAUGACAUCCUGUAAACUGGUGUUACAGAGUUUAAAAUAACAGGCCCCUUGCAGCUAAAUCAACUGGAGUUACUUUUCAAUAAAUAUAAAAGAUUAUGAAGAUAUACAUUACUUUGAGGAAAUAGAAUAAGAGAAAUUGGUAUAAAGAUUAGGCAUGUCUUCCUUUAAGGGUCUGUCUACCAUUUUGUAAAGACCAAAAGCUAAAAGUGUUAUGUAGAAAGAAGAAAUUUGAUUCCUGGUACAGAACUAAAAACAAGGAAAGCUAAUUGCUAAAUUUACAUAGGUUUUGUAAAAAGCCUAAGAAAGAAAUCUACAUGCGUGGUCCUUUUGACUGAUAUUUUGGCUCUAAUUUACAUUUGCAUAGGUUACAACGAAUGAAGCGCUGUAUUCAGGAAAAUGUGGGUCAAUUAAAUAUCAGUGGAUUAAAUUCAUGAAAUGCUUUGCUCAGUGAGACUCUGGAAAGUGUGAUCCAUUUGAAUAUUCUAUGCCAGUGUGAUUUCCCCAGGAAGUCCUGUGGUUAGAGAACACCUUCUGCUUGGCUGGCGACAAGAUGGAAAUGACAGAAACUAAUAGAAUUAAAGUGCAGAAACAAAUAAGAUCAAAUGAGAAGCCACCAUGCAUGACAGCUGUUGGUGUAGAAACAAAUCCUUUGAAAAAAUUUACCAUCCCUAAAAUAAGGAGGACUGCUGAUAAAGUUUCUUUAACACCCUGCUACACUAAUCAGAGGGAGUACAGAAGCAUCAAUCAUACUCUGAGCCAGUCUUGUCUCAACACAGGAUGUGACCUGCAGUUGUCGUGGCAGUUUGGUGAGAUAAAACUGAUACACAAUGAAGAUCUGGAAAAAAAAUUUGCUUCAAAGAGGGCCAAGAUGCGUGAAGAAGGGAGGCAAGGCAGAGAACUUGAGGAACAUUUUUGCUUUUUAGUGCUGCCUUGGGAUGAGGCCUCAAAAAUUUACCAGAGUGGAAUACAUACCAGCGAGUCUGCGAUGAAGGAAUUAGGAAAUCCCCUCCUUGGAGUUUAUUUAUUCAGACAUGUUGAUGUUGCUUUGAAUUAUGCAAAUAGAUUGAUCAGUGCAGAAAACAUCCUGGUUUUCAAGGUUCUCUUUGGAAAGGUAAAAAAAAUUCAGCCUCCAAUGGGUAAAAAGAAAGUUGCUCUGGAUCCUACACCAAACUUUGAUUGCCAUAUGUCUAGAAUUGCUCCUACACUUAAAGAUCCAGUUGAUCUGCAGGCCAUUGGCUCAUCGGUUUACUUCUAUGAAUACAAUAUACACUCAAAACCAGUGGAUAAGCCUAGGCAAUGCCUUCCAUAUGCAAUAAUAACAGUAAGAUUUAUUGGUCAGAAGGUGGAAACUGACCCUCUUAUCUCAUCUGUGAGGUUUCUGUCUAAAGGAUUUCCUAAGUAUUCUGGAAGACGAGGCUCAUGGAAAAACUGUACAGUAGCCAAAAGGAUCGGUAAAGGUGCUCAGGCUACAAUAAUCUAUGAGCAUUUCAGGAAAUCUGUAGAUUUUCUUGCUUUCAGACCUGAGGAGAGCUCUUCUUGCAGUGAAGUAAAUUCAGAGGAGAAUACUUCUGGCCCAAAAGUUUCUUCCUCCUGUGAAAAUACACUGAACAGGAAUGGUUCGGUAGCUGAAGCCAAUGAUACCCAAGUGGAACAUAACAUAUCUGGAAGGUGGGAUUCAUCACAAGUGCAAGAAAAUGAGUCACGUCUGCCACUUGUGGCUGGUGUAGAUACCAGUGGAAGCAUUAGUAGUGACCACAAGGUGAAUCUAAAAUGCAUUAUUUCAGAUGAUAAUUUUACCACAGUUUCUGCUGCCCACAGUAGUAGUGGCUCAAGUACUGUAAUUACUUCAAGACUCAUCAUGGAUCCAAGACUAAAGAAAAGAGAAGGAAACUCAGGAAAACAAAACACUGAGGCAGUUUUUCAUGAGAAUUCAGCAUCUGAGAAUGGGCUGGAAUAUCUCAACUCAGAAAUGAAAAUAUCAGCCACUUUAAAUAUACCUUCACCUGGAGAACCUCCUCUGCUUAAUGACCCAAAACAAGGUCAACUUAGACAGAGACAUGAGGAGCAAGCAUCACGGAAAGAGACAGCUUUCAUAAAAGAGUUUAAAUCCACAGUGAAUACAGACAAAGAACGCACUGUGGAAAACAAGCAAGUGGCUGGUAGCGUAACAAAACUUCGUAAAGGAAUAGUGGAGCCAUUUGCAUUGCAGGGUAUUCACACACAUGCUGCUUCAAAAACUGUUAUUGAAGAAAAGCACAUCACAACAAAUGAAAACCGUCUCUGUGAUAGAAAAGACUUGAAAACGCACCAGAUUACUGUGGGAGAACAACUGAGGAAAUGUUCAUCUUUUCCAUUUGGGGAUACAAAACCUGAGAUAGACUUGCAGGAGAGUUUGUCCAUGAAAGACAAAGCAGACCACUGCUACAAAGAAAAAAGUUCCAAUCUUCAUAAGAACAAUAUAAAGCAUUUACCUGUUCACGAUAGCAAAAAGAACUUAAGUUUCACUAAAAAGUUAAGGCAUAAUGAUCCUCCUCCUGAUCAAAAGUGCUCCUCUGUGUCAGUUGGAAAGUCAGUUGCAUCAGUGCUACCUGCUAACUUUGCCUGCAACACACACUCUGAAGCCAUGCCUCACAGCAUUGCAGAUUCAAGCAGCUGCCAGUAUUCCAGAUCUCAAAAGGGUUCCAAUCACCAUACACCGUCAGUGGUAGGGAAUAUUUUCUCUUUCUUCUCUGUAGAUUGUCAAAACAAAAAUUCAAAGAAAGCACCUCCAGAGGACCUCAAAAAAAGAGAAAAACAAAGGUCACACUCAUCUCUGUCUCAUGCGUGGAGGCAGGGCAAAAUGUCAGUAGCACAGAACAAAAAUAAUGCAGAUAAAAAAUCUAAGAUUUCCCAUCGAGUGUGUAAUGGUCUUUACCCACUUAAGAAACAUGAUAAAGGGCAGGGUUCAGCACAACUGAACCAUUCUAAAUGGGAUAAAUAUGCCUCAGUGAAAGGAGGGCAGAAAUGUAAGGAAUCACAAUCUAUUAAUUUAAUAGUACUUGAGGAUAAUCAAAUACAUACUCCUGAACAGUCUUUGCAUGAUGAUAAAGGCAUGAACAUAGGCAUCCAACAUCCUGAAAAUAUUAAAUCUCAUGAAGGCAAGACAGAAUAUACUGGGAAAACGCAUAACCAGUUACAAGAAAAUAAUUAUACUUCUGCAAUAGGAAACAGUUCAACAGAUUCUUACUUAACAUAUGCUGAAAAUACUUUGACCUCAAACAGUGAAUAUAAAGUUAAUAGUGAGGGUUUUGAUACACAGGAUUAUACUUUAGACAGUGGUGUCCAUGGAAAAAUGCAUCUUUUUAAACAUGCUAUGAGAAAACAAUAUGCCAAAGUGGAAGAGGACAAGUGUGUCUGUCAUCACGUUGCUUGUGAAUCUGUUCCUAGUGAUCAAAUGGUUGGUGAAGAAAACUUUCACCAAAGUAAGCUUCAAGACACUUUGCUUUCUGAAAAAGCCAAUGUUGAUGAAGGCCCUAUAAAGGCCCAUAAAUUAAUAUAUUCAGCAACUGAAACUACAAACAAAAAUUGUGUAGGUAAAAGAGAAGAUGCUAUAAAAGAAGUAAAAGACAAUUCUUCCAUCAAAGAAACAGUGAAUGACCAGAUAUAUUUGUCUCAUGCUAUCUGCAGAACAGACAAAGUAUUGAGAGGUUGCUUCAAUAAAGAAUGCUUAUGUUUCCUUGGAGAAAAUGAGCCAGUGUCAUUAGACAAAUAUUUCUGCAGGGAUAGCAAAGAGAGUGAUGCUUCUGGAGCUGCAUUUUUAGAUGAAGAGCAGAGUUGGAUCUGUAAUCAGGAAAUGGGGACCGAUAUAAAUGUUCAUGAUUUCAAUCAAAUGCACACAUGCCAACUUGAAAAAGAAUUUAGCAACGUCCCAGGAGUCUGGCUGGAAGUUUGUGACACUCCUCAUAUUCUGGAUUUAAAAAGAUCAGCUUCUGAUUUAAACUUAAUUUUUGAAGAAGGAUGUGCAUUAACAGGAGCAUAUUUGAUGGAAACAGAAAAUAUUACCACUUCUGUAAAGGAAAAGGGAAUGAUUCCAGAUAACAAAAGAGAAUCAGAAGAGCUGUCUGCCACAGCAGAGUUUUGCAGAUCUAUAGCACUGUCAGAGGCUCAUCAAUGGGAGGAGCAGAAUACUGUUAUGCUAAUCACCACCAUAUCCAUGCCUUCUGGAAAUGUGGAACACGAAGAAAGGGGAUGUUCCAAACCUCAGGAAACACAUGUUUCUGAGAAAAACUCAUCUUGCCAUGAAAAUAGUGUGCAGGAAAUAUUUAAACAGACGAUGGAGGAGAAAUGUGAGGAUAUUUUUCUCCAGGACUUGGAAUUUGAAAGUGAGAUUGAAAUUUCUCUGGAGCAGCAUGAGGAAUCUCUCUCAGUACCACAAAAUCCACAUAGUCAUGAAGGUGGAUCUGAUGAGGAGGUUGAUUCACUGUAUCAGUACUUGACAGAUCGUAUAGACUGGGAAAGUUUAUCUGGAAACGCUAGCCAGAAGAUAUUAGAGAAAAGUGAAGAUCAUUGUUCGUCAGGGAAAAAAUCUUGCACAAAGGAAGAUAAAACAGAAUCUUUAAGUACAACUGUGUGGCCUGACUUACAAAUUACAGUAACCAACAUACUUAAAUCAGGAUUCAGCCCCCCCAACAUUGGAAUUGCAAGAGAGAUGUGGAGAUGUGCAAUUGAAUCUCCAGCAUUAGAAGUCAAUAUGGAAUUGUCAGGAGAGCAAAGAAGUGAAGAAUAUAUACAGAAUUUGGAUCUUACAAAUAAAAUGCAAACAUGCCUACCUAUCUGUGUUCAUGAGGCAGACAGUCAUAUGCCUGAAAAAGAAAGCAAAACUUUCACUGCACCUGUUACUGUUUCUGAUGUAUUGAAUAAAGUAAGUAGCUUUUACGGUACAAAACCAAAAGAUAAUAGUAAUGAAUGUAAGAGUAAAAAAGGUGUGCAAUCAAAAGUUAAGAGAAAGCAUCCACAUAAUAAAUCUCUAACAAAUAAAAUGAGGCCUCAGAAAGCUUCAACACAUUCACCUAUAUACAGAAAUUCAAAACUUUGUGGUAAAAAGAGAGAACACUAUUCAUCUGAAAUGUUUUCUUUAUUGUUUGAGGGACGAAUGAAAACACUUGCACAGUCUGAAAAACACAUUAAAAAUGUUCUAAAUACUCUUUGUAGUGAAGCAUCCUUAUGCAAAAGUAAGCGUCUAUCCAAAAAAAUAGAUGGUGCUAUGUUUCACUUAAGGAAAGCUCAGAGGAGAGUUCUCAAAUCUCUAAAAAUUGUAACUAAAGUUGGAGAGAAAAGACAAAAGGGUCCCUUACCAAAAUGUUAUGAAAUAAUAUGUAACGACUUAUGGGAAAGCUGUGAUCUUGAAGGUCAUAGUUUCUUGACAACUGGGAAGUAUUCUUCUGCUCACUUUUCUCAGAAAAGAAAGUAUAACAUGAAGGAAAAUAAACGAACUGUAGCGUUUAAGAAAGCAAGUGACACAGUUACAUGUAUGCCAAUAAAACAAAGGUUUAAAAAUAAAGGGGAUAAAAUGAGAGAAAUGGUUUCAGAGGAAGACAUGCACGCAAGGUCCACUACAGGUUGUGCACCGGUUGUGUUGAAAGAUAUUAUAAGUCAGAUGCAUCAUUGUAAAUCUGACUUACCUGUGGCUUCUUCAGUAACUUGUAGUCAGUUUUCGGCUGCUACAUGCAAGGCAUAUUUGGCUUUUGAGGGUGACAAUGUGAGAGAUACGAGAAGAAUAACGAAACUUCAAACAGACUCUGAAAACUCUCUAGGUUUAGACACCAUUGGGCUAGAAGAUAUGGAACUAACUAAUAAGGAGCACAAGGUUUUUGUAAAUGUUUCAUCUAAAAUUCAUAUUCAAGGGACUGCUGGAAAAUGUGGCUGUGUAACAGGACAAGACCAUAUCUCUGAAGCAAAUACAUUUAACAACAAAAAUAUCUCAAGACCUUUGAGCUUGCCUGUCGAAAAGGAUGAUUCUGUAGAAUUUUGUACAGACAAAAGAAAAGAUGGAGCUUGUAAGACUAAUGUAAAGAUGAAUGCUGUCAUACAUACAUCACUAUUAAAAACAGCUGCAGAGAGCUGUUUAAAUGCAAACACCAACAAGCAAGAUGUUUCCACACUCUCCGCCACUCACAAAAACCUGGACAGUAUUCUUUCUACUGAAAAAGAGACUAUGUUUUCUGCUGGCAGUGGGGGUAUUUCCACAAAUCAGAGUGUUGGUAUUGGAAACUUUUCUUCAGGCUCAAUGAGGCAGAUGCCUGCAGCAGGAGGAAAACAUGAGACCAGUGUAUCUCAAGUUCCAUUAGAUCACGAAAUUAUUAGUGCUAAAGCUGCAUCUUUGAAAAUAAGCGCAAACAUUUCAUCUGAGAGAAUUUUAGAAACCCAUUCUUUUGAAACACCAACAGUACCUCUCAGCGGACAGCUGCAAGAUAGAGGCUAUGACAGAAAAGAAACUUCAAAUUCAGACAUGCGUUGUCUGAAUAAUUGCAGUAAAGUAGCUGAAAAGGAGGCACAUGUUACCGAGACUAUCAAAUUGGAACCACUGGCAAAAAAUGUAUAUAAGAGAGAAAAUAAUAUAGAGACAGAGAACUAUUUAAAGAAUGUAUCUUCUGAGUCAUUAGUAUACAAUGCUCUGACCCCGUUUUCAAAUCAAUACAUUUCACAGGAAGUUGGACAGAAUACAUUUCCAAAAAUAAAGGAAACGGGGUUAGUGGAAAGCAAAGUGAAAUCACCUGUAAAUCUGUAUUUGCUAAAAGAUGUACCUGGGAGAUCCUCUGCUAAGGUCGUUUUGGAACAAAAGAGCAUAACACACAGAGAAGGUCACUCUAGGUGUAAUAAGGAAUCCAGAUGCAUUCAGAGUUCUUCAAACAGCAGCAGUGCUUUCACUGCACCUGUCUUAAGGAAGCCAAUUGAUAAGAAAUUUGCCAAAAGAAAUGAAGAUUGGAAAGAAAGCACUAACAAAGAUCGCCAAAUUAACUCAGAGUUGACAUCAGGAAUUAUGGCAAAACAAGGUAUUCCAAACAUUACCGGGGUUUAUGAUGCCUCACCAAGCAAAACACAUCAGCAUCUUACAGACCAUAUGGCUAAACUGAAUGCAGAUAAUCUCUCAGGUGAUGGUCCUAACAAAUGUAAGGGCCUCAAUAGUAAAAACAAGCAUAGAGGAGUUGGGACAGAACUGAAAUCUCUUGCUUUCAUAACUGAAAUAUCAAAUAUUUUACAAAAAGCAGAUGAAACAUCAUCUCUGAAAAUGUUACAGGAACAGAUUACAGUUUGUGAUAACCUUCUUCCUUCAUUUGUUAAAGCUUUUGAGGAAAAGCAAGGGAGCUCAUUUAAGCACAUCUUGGUUUCUCGAGAGUUACUGGUUGAAAGAAAGCUAUGGACUAACUGUAAAUCGAAGUUAAAAUCACAUGCUGUAGAUUCGCUGGUGGAACUCCAAAUGAUAAUGGAAACAAUUCAGUUCAUUGAAAACAAAAAGUGCUUUCUAGAAAGGGAGCCAACUUUCCGAAGUUUGCUUUGGUAUGAUGGUUCACUGUACGGGGAACUGCUUGGUAGGCCAUCAGGGUAUCAACAACAAUCCAGUUUCUUUCCAGCUUUCCAAAGAAGGCUGAAGUACAAUGUUUUUCGUGAGCUUCAGAGCUACCAUAGACAGUUAUUAGAGCUCUUUGAAAAAACAAGGUGGGAAAACAAAUCUUACUAUGCAUUCUUGAAAUUCAGACGAGAGAUUGAUGAGUGUGAAGCUGUGGUACAACAGAAUUCUGAUUGCUUAGAUUUUUUCCUCUCUGUGCCUUUUACUUGUGGAGUUAACUUUGGAGAUACUUUAGAAGAUUUGGAAACUGUAAGGAAAAGUGCUGUGGAACUGAUAAAUACAUAUAGGAACCUUCCAGAUGCUCACUCCUAUGCAGAAAAAGAGGACCAUCUGUGGGUUAUAAUGGAAAUUAUCUCCACAAAGAUAAGCUUUAUAAAGGCCUGUGAAUCAAUGAAUAUGAAAGCUUCACUCUUUGGCCUUGAGCAUAUAUUUUUUGAUGCUGCUAAAAGUCUUGUAUGGAAAGACAGACAUCUGUUGUUAAAUAAAGCCUCUCCCGAUAAGAAAAAACAACUUCUGUGCCAAAUAAAUCAAGAUGCUCUCUCCAGGCUGUAUGAAGUUUAUGAAUAUGUGGCAGAAGAGUUUAGAACUGAAAAAUCUAACAACAUUACUGAGAAGAAAAAUGAUACAGAAAAGUCAAAAUAUUGGGAAAACAAAGGCAAACAUGGAGAUGAAAACUCUGACUUCCUCAAUGUUUUGCUUUCACAUCCUGAUAUUUGCUGUGUUGGAGAAAUAUUAGAUGAAGCUCAGUUUGCAGACCUCAAGAAGUUACAGCAGCUAAUGCUCAGAUGUACAGAACAUUUAGAAAGCUUAAAAAUGUAUUUUCAGAUUUUGCAGGAGGAGGAUGUCAAUAAAAUCUUGAUCACAGAGCAAAAUGUGCUAGACACAAUGAAAAAUGAUGGCAUUAAUGCUAUAAUUUUAAAGCCUGAAGCUGUUGAGACUUACAUUGAAGUACUAAUGAUGUAUGAAACAGUUCACUUCCUUAAAAAUUCAAUAGCAAGAAAAAUAGAUGAACAAAGAUUUCGAAGCUUGUUGUGGUUUGAUUUAUCGCUUCUUCCUGAAUUGGUACAUUGCCAAAAGAAAAUGUCUUCCUUUUCAUUUCUGAAGGAUAAUUCAAUGGACAACCUUUGUAAAACUGUUGAGUCUGCCAUCUCUGAUCUUAAGAGUGAACUGGACAUUAUUUGCAACUAUGCAGAAACCAUAAACAGCUCUUAUGCACUUCAUCUUCUCACCAGAGAACUUUCAGAACUUUCAGAAACAAGAGAAUUAAUACAAAAUUCGAAGCCUUCUAUCUUCACGUAUGUUGAGUGUGUACCUUAUACCAUAUCUGUAAACUAUGGGAAUACUGUGACUGAAUUAGACUACAACUACAACCAGUUUUCUUUGUUGCUUGAAAAUUUGAUGUUGGCUGCCAGGAAAGAUUUAGGAAAAAUGGCUCAUAUUAUGAAAAUCAUGAAAACCAUUGAGCUUAUGAAGUUUGCUUGUGCCAAAAAAGGUAAAUCCGUCCUCUCUCUUCUGAUAUAUCAGAUGCUAAAUAAUUGGAGAAAGACCUGCCAGUUGAAAAGAAAGGGAGACAUGAAAAUGCAUCUGACUAAAACUAAAAAAAGUGUCUGUGAAACUCAAGAUGCAGUGUAUGUCAUCAAAGCUAGUUCUCCGCCCCAGCAAAAAAGACCUAGUUUUGUGUCCUCACAUGGAGACACUCCUGAGUAUACAGAAAGCUCUUCUCCUUCCAUCUGCAAAAAACAAAAGGUUGGUGUUCUGAUGGCAGCAGCCUCAAAAAAUGGAGCUGAAAAUGAAACAUGCUGCCACAUAAGAGAGAAUACAAGAGUUAAUCCCCAAAAUGAAAAAGAUCUAGCGUCAAGUAUCUCACCGGAUAAUCUAGGAAACAAGAGGCCUCUAGAAAAACCUGUGCAAGACCAAUUACCACGCUCACCUUUGCAUUCAAAAGAUUUGGAAGCUGUUUAUUGCUCUGCACAUGUUAAACGUACACCAGAUGCUUCAAAAAGCUCAUUUGUUAAUUUAAAAGGUUUAACCAGCCAGCAGAGCUCAGCAGACCUAAAGCACAUGGUCAGAAGAAAGAGUAAUUUUUACAAAAAUGCAAGAAAACAUCAUGAAGGUUUUGCACCCUGUGACAAGAAAUGUGAAAAUGCCCAUUUGUCUUUAGAAAAAGAGCCACUGCUUCAAAAGUCUCUUGAGAAUGAUUUAUGUUCAACACAGAAAUCUGUUAGGUCAACAACAAAACUAGGUGAUAGUCCCUCUGCUGUGUCUGCUGCACUAAAUCUACAGCAUGUGCAAGAAUCAGAUGCCAGAGGAAAUAUAUCAAGAUCCAGUUUACUGGCUGAAUAUCGUACAACUAAUAAUUUAGCCACAAAACCUGAUAGACAAGAAAAGAAAUAUGAAAAGAACUCAGAGUCUCCUAGCAGUGUGACUGUCAGUACUUCAGAUCCUCUUGUGAUUAUGGCAAAUAAAAAUACAGAAUCACCAUCAGUAUGCUCUCUUUUGGAACCACAUUCCAAUGAAAAAGCAAAAAGCCCUGCUGAACAUUCUGCCCUCUUUCAAAAUGAACUUCCACCAUCAACACCUCCAGUGCAAGGUUCUUUAGUGCAGGCUCCUGAGACAUCCUAUCCUUACUAUUCUUUUUAUUCUUGUCAUCAAAGUGAUAGCAAUGGCAGUUCCGUAACCCAGACUUACCAGCAGAUAACUUAUGAAGUGCAACAGUUUGCUCAGUCUGGCACAUCUGCCAUUGCAAGUAAUGUGUGUAAUGCACACUCUAAUAUGUUUUACUCCCAGUCAUUUAGUUAUGCUGCUCUUGGGGAGCUACAAAGGCCUAACUAUGCUCAAAUGUAUCCAGUGCAUGGAUAUUUUAGUUCUCAGAUGCCCCUUCCUUACAGCUCUCAGAUGCCAUCUUUACCACAAUAUGCUGCAAAUCAGCCUUGGUCACUAGGUCCUUUUCCAUAUCCUUCCAAUACAGGAUUAUCUUCAGAAGCUGUUUGGACCAGCACUCCCUGGCAGCAGACACCUUUUCAUCCCGGAUAUUGAAACCAGUUCCAUGACAACAUUCUGAAGAGUAACCACUUACCUCAGAAGGCAACAUAAUUUGCAUUUUUCAGAACUAUUACAUCAAAAUUACUCCCUUUUUUAGGACAUGAAGACAGUUGGAGUUUUCCUAGUGAUUUCUGUGGAUGAAGGAUUGAGUCCUUAGCAAACAGCAAGACUUACCUAACCAGCUUAAAAAAAAACCCAAACACACACACGUGAAGGGACAAAUGUAACCCCACCUCAGUUACUACUAAGGGCCCUCUGACUGUGGAACCAGCACGGUUCUACAGUACAAAAGGCAGUUUAAACCACUGGAUAAAGUAAUGGCUGUGAAGAGGCUCUAUGGCUUUCGCCAGGAGCAGGAUUCUUUUUCCUCUGCCUACUGGAGAUACCCAGUGUACGGCCCUUUAGCCUCACUGGGUGUUGUGUCUCUGGAUCUGACCCUAAUGUGUUAAGUUUUUGGUUAACUUUUAGUACUGUGAUACGAUGGUGUUUAUUUGACAUCUACUAAAAAAAUGAAAACAGAACUUUUUACAUGUGAUUAUAGAGUUUUUAGCUUUUAAAUACAUUUUUUGAACAAAGGCUCUGCCCCAGGCUGUCAAGGUCUAUUGUCAAUUCUGAAUACUUGAGUGAAAUUCACCCAAAUGCAGUGGGCCAGCACAAGAGUUACACACCACUCAUGUCUGAUUUUGCAGAAAAUGUGCGUGCACUUUCUACUGGCCUGGGGCUGCUUUUUUUUUUUUUAAACACUGGAAUAGAGAAAUUUGAUUCUUGAAUGUUAUGGUUAGUAUUUUCUAUAAUGGUAGUUGAUACUUUGCUGUAUCUGAUAUGCAAAACUGACAAAUCUGUUUCAAUCCAAACAGUUUUUACACUAACAUAUUAUAUAUGUAUAUUAUUUAUGACAGUGGUUGAAAUUCUUUUAGUAUUUUUCUCAAAUAGAAGACUUAUUUUUGUAAUUUUUGUACAUUUUUCUUAGAAAUAUUUCUAAGAAUAUAGGUCUUAUUGAAAAUUUUAAUUUUAAACGUUAACAGCAUUUUUACAGUGCAAGUAUUUGUGUAAACUUAAUAUUUUAUUUGAAUGCUUUAAACAGGUUUUUUUUUAAAUGUAGCAAAUAGUACAGAAAUAACGAGACUGACAGUAUAGUUACAGUCAGGUGUCUAUAAGGUGGUAAUUUAGGACAUAGCACAAGCUACAAAAUUAGCAACUCUGUAAGGCAUUAGCUAUUAAUUUACAUUAAAAACAAAUUUUACAGAAAAAUUAAAAUGCUUGUGUUGAACUUCUAACUAUGCAGAAUAGUCUAGGGUUUAUGAUAGUCUCUCUUUGAAGAAUCACCAGUAUUUUCUAAAUGUUAUUUGUGUACUGUAGUUUUUCUAUGAGAACAAGAUAUAAUUAGAGGUGAAUUACAUUAAUCAAAAUCACAAAGAGAUCUGGGUGAAAUCCUGGCCCCUGUGAAAUCACAGAAAGUUUGCCAUUGAUUUCAGUGGGGCCAGGGUUUCGCCCUCUAUUGCAAUCUGAGAUACACUGGAUAGAAACCCAUCUAUCUUGUAAAAAUCAGUUCCUGUGGUUUACACACAAUUGGAUAGCAGAUGAUCUCACUAGCUCUGUGGUAACAGCAAUCCACAUAUUUAAGAGCAGAGUUAAGCCCUAAAUUGGUAAUUUCUACAUCUGAUAUGCACAUGACUUCUGAAAUACAUCCUUUAACAUGACUGGGAAGUGUAAAUCUUCAUCAACAAGAAAACAGACUUCUACAAGUAUUAAACUUCUCAUGAUUUUGUGCAACACACACAGAUGAUUAGAAUUAAAAACUGCCAAUUGCUAGCAAUAGUGUGGAAAUGUAAGCAUGUUUAUUUACUACAGGUGUAUUAUCCAUAGGGUAUUUUAGGACUGGUAGAAUAAAUAUUGGCUGAAGUUAAACUUAGGUGAAAACUGUUGUUCCUAGCAAUUACUUCUUCCCCCGUCCCCUUUCUAGUACAUCUCUGCUUUUUUUGAUUAAUAAUAAUUUCAAUUCUCUCAUAUCUCUAAAUUAUAGUGGAAUCCUGUUUCAUGCUAAAGUGGAGCAGGGAGUAUUUUAAGACUUUUAUACAUCCCCAGCCACCUUGAAUUUUCUCUUUAUUUGGUCUUAAAUGAUAGCCGGUACCUACACGACUAGGCAUACUGGACCAAAUUCAUCUCUGGUGUAUUUCCACUGAAGCCAGCAGAGUUACACCAAGGCUGAAUUUCACUUAUAGCUUUUUACAAUGGGUUACUACGAGUAUCUGCUGGUGUAAUAAUGCAGAAUUUAACCAGUUUGUCAUUUUUGAAUAAUAAUAAUAAAAACAUUAGUGUAUUACA